AUGGUUCACUACGUUUUUUCGGGCCUCGUGAUGGCCGCGUCUGUGACGCAAGUGCUGGGCUCUUGCGCCUAUGGCACCCACUUGAUGCCUCGCGCCGAGGAGGGCGUGACGAUCAACACCUUCGGCUACACCGGCGACAUCGGCCCUCUCAACUGGGUCAACCUGGAUACCGCCAACGCACUGUGCGCCACUGGCACCCAGCAGUCACCUAUCGACAUGACCGCAGGCACCUUCGAGCUCAUCCCCGGCAGCUCUAUCAACCUCCAGAUCCCCGACAUUGCCAACGGCACCCUCUUCGAGAACCUUGGCACCACCGUCGAGGUCGUCGCUGAAGGCGGCACGAUGGAGGUCGGCGGCGUUGCCUACACCAUGCAACAGUUUCACUUCCAUCUUCCCAGCGAGCACCUCGACGAUGGCGCCAGCCAGGCCAUGGAGAUGCACAUGGUCUUCCAGAGCGCCGACAACCAGAUCGCCGUCAUUGGUACCUACAUUGGUAUCGACAACAACGCUGCCGGAGCCGCUCCCGCCGUGCCUGCCGCACCGGUCGUGCCCGAGGCUGCCGCCCCUGCCGAGCCCGCUGCCCCUGUUGCCCAUGCUCCCGCCGUCCCCGCCGCUCAUGCUCCCGCCGCUCCCGCCCAAGCUGCUCCCGUCGUUCAUGCCCCGGCUGCUCCUGCUGCUCACGCCCCCGCGGCUCCUGCUGCUCACGCCCCCGCGGCUCCUGCUGCCCACGCUCCUGCGGCUCCUGCUGCUCACGCCAUCCCCAUUGCUCAGGACCCUGCCGCCGUCGCGCAUGCCCCCAUGGCCCGACGUGUCCUCGACAAGGUGCUCAGGCGCGAGACCGCCCGCAACCAGCAUGCCAAGCGUGCCAACACUGUGGCUUCGCCUCUUCUCGAGACUGUCCUGGUGUUCUGUUGGUCACAUUGCCACAAAUGA